ACAAAGGAAUGCAGUGGACAGUACAUUAAUCCCCCGCUGACAGGGAUGUUAGUUGUUGUAAGGCGUAAUCUGAACAAAGGCGUCGCGACCCUAAUGGCCCAGAACAAAGAAACUCAAAGGGGAAACAUGCAAGCUAUGAUCAACUACAUUAUCAGCCGCACGUCACCGCACCCGAGCAGGCCGAGAUUCCUCCGCAGUGUCGUCGUCGGCGCGGCAGCGGCUAAAGGCCCAAGGCGGUUUCUAGAAGGUUAAAAAGCUUAACGGCCGUUUCGAGACGGGCUUUAAGACCGUAGACGAGGCGGAUCCUCGCGAGAAGAUGACCCGCCUGGCGCUGAGGCUCCUGGCGGCGGCGGCGGCGGCACUCGGCCUCCCGCGGUGCCGAGGCCUCGCCUUCGCCCCCCACAGCGCCCUCGGGCCGGUCAUGGUGGGGCGAGGGAGGGAGGUCCGCGAGGCCGACGCCUACGCUGUCAACGCGGUCGCCUCCGUCUGUGACUGUCGAAUGGCCUGCUGGAGUGACCGCCGCUGCGUCGCCGCCUCUGCACUCGCGGCCAAAGAUAAGUCGGUGUUGUGCCGAUUGUCGAGUAAGGGACCUUUCGACUCAACCUUAGACGACAGUCCCAACGCUACCUAUAUUUUCUGGAAUGAACAUGCCAUUAUUAUGGACGACGGCCUCGUGUACACUGAAGCCACACGAAUUGGGUCUUUUGUGGAAAUGGAGAACCUGUGCAACGGCGUCCCCGGUCAUCGUCUUCCCAUUUUCAAGACCUUUGUGCAGAAGAAUGUCAUGGAUCAACUGUUCAACCGCGAUACCUCCCGCGCCUUCUGGGUGGACCUUCGCAAAAUCUCCCUGACCGACUACGUGUGGGGCGACGGCACCCCCCUACGGGACACGGAGAUCAGCGCCUUACUGCGGAUCGCCCGUGGCGCGGCGACUGAGGCCGUUCACUCAGUGUAUUUCUCGUCCAUUCUGGAAAAAUCGAUCACGUUCCAGGAGAGGGUGGUGUGUCAGGCGAAUCCCUUUGGGGUAGAGUGGUAAGGGCGAGGGGAGGAAAUGGGUACGGGGAGGAAGGGGCGGUAGAGGGAGGAAAGGGGGGUGAGGGGAGGGAGACGUGAGGGGAGGAAGGGGCGGUUUUCCCUCAUUCUCUGUGUUUCUGAGUAUGUAUUUGACUGUAUAUCUACUUGCUUGUCUAUUUUCUGCAAGUACACCAGUCAAGAAAGCAACCUGCAUAAUCAUCCCUAACUAUAAUACACUCGCUCUCUUCGUGCACAAACCCAGGCUUACAUUGUAUUCUUAUAUAUUUUUGGCAUUUUUGAGCUUUAAUGUAUUUUAACAUAUUAAUAAUAUUAUAUAAUUUUCACUGUAAUUUUGGCGGUUUUAUUUUAUUUUAUCAUUAUUAUUAUAAAUGGAUAAACGAAAAAAAAUGCAGUGAGCAUAAUCCAUUUCGAUGCAUACAAAAGGCUUUGAAGAGAGCAAAACACUUAACCGUGUCCACACAAAUGCAAAUCAACAGUAUACGCAAAUAGGUUUAUUAAAAAAUAAGACAGCAGAUUCAAAUUCUACUUGGGUUUCAUCUUUAAGUAAAGGGAGGUAGGGAAGAGGAAGGGAAAGGAUGGGGAGAGGAGAGGCGAGAUACAGAAAGGGCAUGUCCGGGGUACGGAAACGGAGGGAGAUCAGGGCAGGCCGCUUUGCUGGACGGUAUGCGGGCAGGAGGCGUCGUCGUAGUUCAGGUUGAAAUUUGUUAGCUUCUUCAUAACAAAGGAUUACAGAAGUUUGGAUAUUCGUACAAUAAUUCUGGCUACUGACCACUGAUACUGACCUAUUUUGUGUACACAUUUAGGUUAAUAUAGAAAUAAGAGCCGUUUAACACUGUAUUAUAAUCAAAUACAGAAGAACUCCCUCUACUUUAACCUCUUCUGUUCUAAAAAAGUAAGUACUCUCCUUGGAUUUCUGGAAGAUUUCCCCCAAAACGGGUUGCAAUACUUUUCUUGCCUGACAGAUGGAUAGCAUUGUCAUUAAUGAUGGGAAGGAGUAGUUUUUAGUAAAUAACAACAUAUCAUGUAUCGACUAGAAUGAGUAGCAUUUAGAAAAUAUAAUAAUUUAAAUCUUGAUAUUCUAGCCUUUCACCGCCAACCGUCUCGCACACUGUGUCCCAAUGUAACAUUUUCACGGGCACAUACUUACAUAAACACACACACACCCAUAUAUGUAUGUGUGUGUAUGAGUGUGUUUACGUACUGAGGUAAGAACUAAAUUCAUAAGCUUAAUCAGUAGGUUAUAAUGUACUACAAUGAAUUAAUGUAUCACUCGCAGCGUUCAAAACAAAUGUGUUUGUAUUCAUAUUUAACAAAAUGGUGUUGUAAUAAAAUGUUGCAUCCUA